AUGCUUCGUCGUGCUGCAAACGGUGCUCAACUUCUUCGUCACGUUGUUCUUUUUAAAUUCCACGAUACAGCUAGUCAAACAGAUAUUACUAAAAUCGAACGUGAAUUCCGCGCAUUAGCAACAACGAAAGUUCCCCAAGUUCGUGCAUUUGAAAGUGGAACACAUAUUGGAAAAGAAAAUUUAAAUCAAGGAUUUACUCAUGGAUUUCUCUUAAGUUUCGAUAAUGAACAAGAUCGGGACACGUAUAUGGCUCAUGAUGAUCAUAAAGCAUUUGUUAAACUUCAACAAGGAAUAGUUGAAAAGAAGAUUGUGAUGGCAUUUUGGGGCAAAUAG